AUGAAUGUAUGGGGAAGACUUGCGGUGGUAUGCGGCUUAAUGCUUGUCUCACCGGUAUGUGGGUUCACUACUGCACUAUUCAGAGUGCGAUCCUCAAGGAAUCAUCGUAGCAUCAAGGCUUCGCAACAAAUUGUAGAGAUCAAUGCUACGCUUGACGACCGUUCUGUGGAAAAGCUAUUUGCAUGGGUGUCACGAGCCUUCGAAGGUGAGCCAGGCUACAACAACCUGAUGCUUGCAGUUGCCUGCAUAUGGGGGAACCUCCCUUUGGAUUCGGUCCCCAAUCAAAUGUUGGAGGCCGCCAUGCUGAAACUCCCUGACGAGGAAACUCUAGUUGGAGAUCCAUUCUCGAUAGAAGAGCGUGAAUACAAUAGCCUUGGCGCGAUGGGUGCAGGACAAUGGAUGGGUCAAUAUAGAACCAGACCCCAUGCACUUUUGAAACUCAAUUCAACAUUUGCCUCUGUCGAUGAUUGGGUGCAAAGUCUUCCGCGAGGUUGCAAGAGAACGAUAAAGAAAGCUUUGACUCAUAACUUCACUGUAACGACACUGCCGAUUCUAGGAGAUGAGCCAGCUCCGCACUCGAAGCUAGCAGCCUUUCGAUGCGUUGUGGCGCAUGAAGUUCGUCUCUUAUCAUACGAUGCGGAGGACUUCCUUUCGGCAAUCUCCGAGGGUAUCUCUAGGUAUAUUGGAACAACUAGAAUGACCGGGGAAAUUCGAGAGUAUCGAAACAUGGACGGUAAAGUAAUAGCUGUUGCUCAUGAAGUAAGAAAAGGGAAAACUGCUCGGGGCCAGUGGUUUUAUGCGGAUGAUGAAGCGGCGAAAAGUUACGUUUGGUUCCAUUCGGUUUAUGAACUGGUCAGAAGAUCCAUUGAAGCAGAUGGCAUCACAGCGGUCGAUCUAGGACCAAGUGGUUCGGAUGCUUUCAGGUGCUCCUCGAAAAAGUAG